AUGGGUCGGAGACCGGAGAUUUUGAUACGUCGCCAGUCCCUGUACUAUGGAAAAUUAUUCGUUUUCCUAUCUGUUACAGGAUGUUCCAGCAAGCGUGCUUUUGCCUCAAUGAUUGUAGGCUUCGUCGUUGGCUUCUUCCUAGCAGUGCUCUUCAUUCAGUCGUCCACGCCGGAACGUGACGACUACGUGCCGUACUAUCGAUAUGGCCAGGAUGUGGGCACACACGAUCAUGUCAACGAAAACACCAGCAUUGCGGAGAAGCUGUACAGUGAGGUGCGCAUUCUCUGCUGGAUAAUGACGAAUCCCGCCAACCAUCAGACGAAGGCGCGCCACGUGAAACGCACCUGGGGCAAGCGUUGCAAUAAGUUGAUCUUCAUGAGCUCAGCCAAGGAUGAAGAGCUGGAUGCCGUGGCGCUGCCCAUCAUCGAAGGACGCAACAAUCUGUGGGGGAAAACAAAGGAAGCAUAUAAGUACAUCUACGAGCAUCACAUGAACGAUGCAGACUGGUUCCUCAAAGCAGACGAUGACACCUAUACGAUUGUAGAGAAUUUGCGCUAUAUGCUAUAUCCCUACAAUCCCGACACGCCCGUCUAUUUUGGCUGCAAAUUCAAACCGUUUGUUAAGCAAGGCUACAUGUCCGGUGGAGCUGGUUAUGUGCUUAGUCGCGAGGCUGUGCGUCGCUUCGUGGUCGAAGCUAUUCCCAAUCCGAAGCUGUGCAAGAAGGACAACACUGGCUCCGAAGAUGUGGAAAUAGGCAAGUGCUUGGAGAAUGUUAAAGUUCUUGCGGGCGAUUCCCGAGAUACCAAUGGGCGUGGUCGCUUCUUUCCUCUUGCGCUGGUGGAUCACUUGAUCGCGCAUGUGGACAUGAAAUACUGGUACUGGAAGAACAUCUAUUACAAAAUCGAAGAGGGUCUAAACUGCUGUUCGGACAAUGCCAUCUCAUUUCAUUAUGUCUUACCCAAUGAAAUGUAUGUGCUGGACUAUUUAAUAUAUCAUCUGAGGCCAUAUGGUAUCGUGUAUACGCCAGAUGCGCUACCCAACAAGCUGGGUCUGGGUGAACUAAUGCCAACUCCCACAGAACCCAAGGAGCAAAAUGAACAAGAGGAACCAAAGACAUCAGAUAAGGCUGAGACGCAAAAGGUCGCGCAGUAACUGAUAACUUUAAUUGUAAAUAGAUUCUGUGAAAAUACCGUGCGGAAAAAAGUUGUUAAAUUGAAAUUUUAUUAUAUUGAA